AUGAGCAUUGUCAGGGGCGAAACUUCAGGCCAUGAAUAUGAUCCCACAAUCUAUGGAGCCUUCCAGGUUGAGGGCAAGUACGGGUUUACAGCCGAAUACCUCACCACAGCGUCAUGGGAAUGCCAGCAGAAAUACGGUGCUUUCGACUUUGAGCCCCAGUUGUGUCGGAACAUGACCGAUGUUCACAACUUGCGCAAGCUGGAGGACUGUAUCGUCAAUCUUCCAGUGUGUGACUGCACUCGACCAGAUAUCAUGGAUGCCUUGAGAAAGGGCAGUUCGAUUACCAAGGCUUGUCGGCAGAUUGGCGGAUUACCAAUCUAA